CUAAACAACUUAAUUCCUGAUUCAGUGGUAAACAUAGUCAUUCCAACUUUUUUAUCGCACCAAAGCAGUCAAAAUGGCGUCGAGACUCGGGAGCCUGAUUGCAAGGAGACUUUCCUCUGUCCAAGGAUCCUCUGCUGUAGCAGGGGAACACGCAGGGGGUGCAAAGAGGUGGAAGAUCCUGACUUUCCUUGUGGCAGUACCCGGUGUUCUUGUCUGUUACGCCAAUGCUUUCGUCCUGCAAGAUCACCAUAUGAAGCCAGAUGAAUUUGUUCCAUAUGAACAUCUCCGUCUCCGAUCAAAGCGUUUCCCUUGGGGUGACGGAAACCAUACUCUGUUGCACAACAAGCACAUGAACCCCCUGCCUGAUGGAUAUGAGGAAUAACUCUUCUGUGAUGAUAUCUGUUGAAGAUUGUGACUUAACAUCAAAGUCGUGGAGUGUGUAUAGAAUAUAUUGUACUGAAUACUGGAGUUCAUUGUCACUGCUGUAUUUCGUUUAGACAAACAUUUAUCCUCUGUUAACUGAAAACUGAAAAGAGAUUAAAAGUUGUGAGUAAA